AUGGCGGCUGCGGCAGCAGCGGUGGGUGUCAGGCUCCGAGACUGCUGCAGCAGGAGCGCUGUGCUCCUGCUCUUCUUUUCCCUGUCCCCUCGGCCCCCGGCCGCCGCCGCUUGGCUGCUGGGCCUGCGGCCCGAGGACACCGCUGGAGGCCGCGUGUCCCUGGAGGGGGGCACCCUGCGCGCCGCCGAAGGCACCAGCUUCCUCCUGCGCGUCUAUUUCCAGCCCGGGCCCGCGGCGCCCGUGGAGCCGGUGCCCACACCCACCCUUUCCCCAGGGGAGAACGGCACCGGCGACUGGGCUCCACGGCUCGUGUUUAUCGAGGAGCCUCCGGGCGGGAGCGGCGCGGCGCCCAGCGCUGUCCCCGCGCGCCCCCCGGGGUCGCAGCGCUGCCGCGAGCAGAGCGACUGGGCAUCAGACGUGGAGGUCCUGGGGCCCCUGCGCCCCGGAGGCGUGGCGGGCUCAGCUCUAGUCCAGGUGCGGGUGCGGGAACUGCGUAAGGGCGAGGCAGAGCGAGGCGGCACGAGCGGUGGCGGGAAGCUCUUCUCUCUGUGCGCCUGGGACGGGCGCGCCUGGCACCACCACGGCGCCGCCGGCGGCUUCCUGCUGCGCGUACGCCCGCGGCUCUAUGGCCCGGGCGGGUACCUGCUGCCCCCCGCGUGGCUGCGGGCGCUCGGAGCGCUCCUGCUGCUCGCCCUGUCUGCCCUGUUUAGCGGCCUGCGCCUGAGCCUGCUCUCGCUGGACCCGGUGGAGUUACGGGUGCUGCGGAACAGCGGCUCGGCCGCCGAGCAGGAGCAGGCGCGCCGAGUGCAGGCCGUGCGCGGCAGGGGGACCCAUCUGCUCUGCACCCUGCUCCUGGGCCAAGCCGGAGCCAACGCGGCCCUGGCGGGCUGGCUGUACGCCUCGCUGCCGCCGGGCGUCGGGGGCACCGGGGAAGACUACGGCGACGCGGGGACUCACUUCCCCUGGCUGCCGGCGCUCGUGUGCACCGGCGCCGUGUUCCUGGGCGCAGAGAUCUGCCCCUACUCGGUGUGUUCGCGGCACGGGCUGGCCAUCGCCUCCCACAGCGUGUGCCUGACCCGGCUCCUGAUGGCGGCCGCUUUCCCCGUGUGCUACCCGCUGAGCCGCCUGCUGGACUGGGCGCUGCGCCAGGAGAUCAGCACCUUCUACACGCGGGAGAAGCUGCUGGAGACGCUGCGGGCCGCGGAUCCUUACAGCGACCUGGUGAAAGAGGAGCUCAACAUUAUCCAGGGCGCCCUGGAGCUGCGCACCAAGGUGGUGGAAGAGGUGCUGACCCCUCUUGGGGACUGCUUCAUGCUGCGCUCCGACGCUGUGCUGGAUUUCGCCACUGUCUCCGAGAUCCUGCGCAGCGGCUACACUCGCAUCCCCGUGUACGAGGGCGACCAGCGGCACAACAUUGUGGACAUUCUGUUUGUCAAGGACUUGGCCUUCGUGGACCCCGACGACUGCACGCCGCUUCUCACGGUCACCCGCUUCUACAACCGGCCCCUGCACUGCGUCUUCAAUGAUACCCGGCUGGACACGGUGUUGGAGGAGUUUAAGAAGGGAAAGUCUCACCUGGCCAUUGUCCAGCGGGUGAAUAAUGAGGGAGAAGGGGACCCCUUCUAUGAGGUGAUGGGCAUUGUCACACUGGAGGACAUCAUAGAGGAGAUCAUCAAGUCGGAGAUCCUGGAUGAAACUGACCUCUACACCGACAAUCGGAAAAAGCAGAGGGUUCCACACAGGGAGAGGAAGCGGCACGACUUCUCCUUGUUUAAGCUUUCUGACUCGGAGAUGAGGGUGAAGAUCUCUCCACAGCUUCUGCUGGCCACGCACCGCUUCAUGGCCACAGAAGUGGAGCCGUUUAAGUCUCUGUACCUCUCGGAGAAGAUCCUGCUCCGGCUCCUGAAACAUCCCAACGUGAUCCAGGAGCUGAAGUGUGAUGAGAAGAACAAGAAGGCCCCGGAACACUACCUGUACCAGCGCAACCGCCCUGUGGACUACUUUGUGCUACUUCUGCAGGGUAAAGUGGAGGUGGAGGUUGGUAAGGAAGGCCUUCGCUUCGAGAACGGAGCCUUCACCUACUAUGGUGUCCCAGCCAUCAUGACCACUGCUUGCUCAGAUAACGAUGUGCGGAAGGUUGGAAGUCUGGCUGGAUCCUCUGUCCUUCUAAACCGGUCCCCUUCCCGCUGCAGCGGGUUGAACCGCUCCGAGUCUCCGAGCCGUGAGCGCAGCGACUUUGGGGAAAGCAACACCCAGCUGUGCAGUAGCAGCAACAACCUCUACACACCCGACUACUCAGUCCACAUCCUCAGCGACGUGCAGUUCGUGAAGAUCACGCGGCAGCAGUACCAGAAUGCGCUCACCGCCUGCCGCAUGGACAGCACACCCCAGUCCCCCGACAUGGAGGCCUUCGCUGACGGGGACUGCACCAAGGCCCCCAUGACCCGGGGCACGCCCCAGACCCCCAAGGAUGACCCUGCUGUCACCCUCCUGAGCAACAGGAACAGCCUGCCGUGCAGCCGUUCAGAUGGGCUGAGAAGCCCCGGUGAGGUCGUGUACCUGAGGAUGGAGGAGAUGGCCUUCACCCAGGAGGAGAUGACAGACUUCGAGGAGCAGAGCACACAGCAACUCUCACUGUCUCCUGCAGCUGUUCCCAUGAGAGCAGCAUCAGAUAGUGAAUGUUGUCAUAUCAACCUGGACACAGAGACCAGCCGCUGCAGUAGCAGCUUUGAGGAAACCAUGGGCCAGAAGUUGCUGAGAACCUUGAGUGGUCGAAAAAGGAAGAGGUCACCAGAUGGAGACAGAACCUCUGAGGAGAACUCCAACUUAACCCCUCUCAUCACAUGACAGGGCAGUCAGCGUUCGCUGGGUGCGUGAGAUUCCAGAGCUUUGGGGAG